AUGGUCAAUGGAGGGUUCGGGGAAAGUCACGUGAAUAUGCUACUGGCAAUGCUUAACAUUCCUGGAAUUUGCCACAAAAACCUGAAAGAGAGAGAGAGGGAAGUUGGGGAGAAACUUGAGAGGAUGGCAAAUGAAUCCUGCUCUAGAAAUCUGGCAACUGAAGUAGCUUUAACUGAUUCUCCAGAAGAUGGUAUUGUUGUGAGUUUUGACGGAGCUUGGCAGAAAAGGGGCACUGGCAGGUCAUAUAAUAGUCUUACUGGUCAUGCCACUCUCAUAGGACAGAAAACGGGGAAAUGCGUAGGCUAUGCAACAAAGAGCAAGAAAUGUCGUAUCUGCUGUGCAGCUAAAGAAAAAAAUAUCACACCAAGAAAACAUAACUGCAAGAAAAAUUGGCAAGGCUCUGCCAAGUCGAUGGAACCAGCCAUGGCCUGUGAUAUGCUACAAUCUGUAUUGGACCAGGGAGAAAAAGUAUCGACAUUAGUGAUGGACAAUGAUAGCACAACAAUAGCUAGGGUGAAGUCAACCAUAGACAAGAAUAUCACAAAGCAUUGCGACAGUAAUCACACUAGGAAAGGGUUCACGGCUUCGCUUAUAGAACUGAGCAAGACUCACAAGCUACUGCGAAACACUAAAGUCCGUUCCCACAUUGAAAGAUGUUUCAGCUACAGUAUUUCGCAAAACAAGGGCCAACCCGAGCAACUAGCCACUGGACUAAGAAGUAUCAUUCCUCAUUUAUAUGGUGAGCAUUCUAGUUGUGGAACUUGGUGUAGGGGUAAUGAGGAGGGAUAUAAACACAAGGCACUGCCAUAUGGAAAACCACUUGAUGACAAAGACCUUAAAGUGGCCUUGCAGUCUCUGCUGGAGAAAUUCAUAUCUAGAUCAUCUGAAUUGGCCAAUAUGGGGUCCACGCAGUCAAACGAAAGCUUUAACCAGAUGGUAGCUUCUAAAGCACCAAAGAGAUUGUAAGUACAUGCAAAUUUUUACAUGUACUCACCUCCCAUAGCAUUGAAUAUAAUUUAUAUAUAUACAAUAGCAUUAAAUGAAUAAGAGCAAUGUAGCUUAUUUUGCAAUACAUCUGUAUGCAGGUUUUAUGGGGGCUCAGAAAGUCUUGCCUCAAGGCUCUCUGCCACAGUUUGCCAAAAAAAUGAUGGUUUUGAAUACAUAUCUGAGGUAGAAUGUGUUACAUGCAGCCAUUCAUGAUUUAAUUUUUUUGUUUCUGUGUUAUUUAUCAUGUUUACAUUUGCUGAAUAUCAGGCAAUAUUUUGUUCAUAGUAUUUUGAAUAUGUUUUACCAUAUAUAC